CUAUCACCCUUAUUUUUAUACAAUUGUAGAUGUACUAAAUAAUUUUGUGUAACAAACCCAAAUUGGAUCAAAGAACCACCACAAAAAAAAUAAAAAAGAAAAGAAUUAAGAAAAUGACCCCAUUACUUUAAUUGGCUCCUCUCUCCCUCUCAUCCUUCGCCUUUGGCCAGGAAGAACCCUGUGAAGAAGAAGAAAUGGUAUCAACAACAGCACUUCCUGGACUUCAAUCUCCAUUUCUGAAUUCCUCUCGCAAGCUUUCCGCUUUUACUUCUUCUUCUUCUUCUUUCUCGCCUACCUGUAAACUGCCGAGAAAUCGUCGCUCUUCCUCCACUUAUCCUUCAAUUCAAGCUGCGGAUUUUGAUCAAAGCACUAUAGUAGCGAUUUCAGUAGGAGUUGUCAGUGUUGCUAUUGGAAUUGGCAUUCCUAUUUUUUAUGAAAAUCAAAUUGACAAUGCUGCAAAACGAGACAAUACACAACCUUGCUUUCCCUGCAGCGGAUCAGGGGCUCAAAAAUGUAGGUUUUGCUUGGGAACGGGUAAUGUGACAGUAGAACUUGGUGGAGAUGAGAAGGAAGUUUCUAAAUGCAUCAACUGUGAUGGCCUUGGUUCCUUAACAUGCACUACCUGUCAAGGCUCUGGAAUUCAACCUAGGUAUCUAGAUCGAAGGGAAUUCAAAGAUGAUGACUAGUAGUUGAGCUUACUCCUUCAACUUCAAGGCGCAGAUUCUUAUUCAGCAAAGCCAAGGGUUAGGCUUCUGUUGCUAAAUACCAUAAUAUUUUUGUUGUAAUUUGUUAAUUGCUGAUUACACUCUGAUUAUUCUAACACCAUCAUUCCCCCACCCUUUGAGUUGCUUCUUAUUUAAAAUGUAUUAUCAUUUUGUGUAUUGAAAAAUUAAUGCAUUCUUGAUUCUAAAAACUUUCAAUCUUUGAUACCUA